AUGAGCUAUAAUUCUGUAGUUCUGGAUGAACUAUUACAACAAACAACUUGUUACGGAUUACCAUAUGGAAUUUUCGGGAUAUCCUGUUGGGCCAUUACGAUUUUUGGUGUUGCUUUAACAUACUUUGAUUUUCCUCUGUUUACACCAUGGCGAUGGGGUAAGGCUUAUAAAUCACAAGAUCCAUUGUUAGCGGUCAUAACAAGUGCUAUGGUGUUAGGACCAGUCAUCUAUACGUGUAUUCAUUGUCACGGAGAAUGGCAAGUAAUACUUUUGGCGGUCGGGCAGCUAACUCCAUGGAGUUUUAAGAUGAUGAAUGAUGGUCUUAGAGCUCGUAGUGUGAUUGCUUGUGGCAGUAAAGAACAAGACCCCCAUAAUAUAAAUGCACUGUACAUUACUAUUGGUAUAAUUUUAACGAUUCUACUAGCUGCUGGCGGUUGGGCUGGUAUAUUUGGAUUGAGCCUUAUGUUGGUAAACACGACAAAAGCUGUUAAUAAUUGGAUAUGGAUAUUAUUCGCAGUGGGACUAACAGCAUUUAUAACAAUAAGAGCAAAAGAGCCGUGUGUAGUUGCCAAAAAUGAUGUUUCAAAUGAAAUUGGAAGAAUGUGGUAUGAUCAAGUAUCGGAAAGAGCAUAUGAAGAUAACCCAGAAUGUAG